UCCCUUCCCUCCCUCCCUCCCUCCUUCGCUCCCUCUGAGCCUGUGCGGAGACCAGCUCGGUGCGGCGGCCCCGGGAGGACCAUGGCAGGGAGCUCCGGUUAAACGCGUGUGGGUGCCACCGAGCUGGAGAGGACACCUUCGCCGGCAUCGCUGCCUUUUUUGAGGGGGGGCUUAUUUAAACGACUGAGUCAUUCCAGAUUUAGGAUUCCCUAAAUAAUCACCAACUGUGCCCGUCUCGUGCCAAAAGGCAAGCGGGAAGAACAAGAGCGCCCGCUCUUGGGACCCCGCGGAUCGCUUCUCGCGGGCUUCUCCCGGGGGUUGCUUGGCCCUCGAGGAUCUCCCAGCGUCCCUCCCUCCCUUCCUCCCUUCCUCCCUCCCUCCCCCUCUUCCCUCCCCCCUCCCUUGCCUCCUGCUCUCUUUGCAGUGCUGCUGGAAUCAGAGUCGCCCUCAAGCAGCUGGAAACAGCUGCCCCGCGCCCCGCGUCCCUACCCAGACUCUAGCUACCCGCUCCCACUUUGCGCCUCUCGGAAUCCCAGAACUCGGGCGGCGGGCCCCCCGGAGAGCCGCAGCCGGAGCGAUGCGUUCCGUAGACCUCACCCAGCCGGGACGGACCUCCUAAUCUCCAGACCUGCGGGCCGCAGGGAGUUCAAUUGCUGCCUUCCUCUCCUCUCUGGCGGUUGGUGGCUCAUUUUCUAAAGGAACGUGUGUUGUUUUUUUUCCUCCACUUUUUAGUAUUUUUUUUUAAACCGGGGCACUUUAAGUCGCCUGGGUCCAGACUCUGCUUUGUAAACGGGUUUUCUAUGUAUGUGUGUGUAGAUUUAUUUCGGACACCUUGCCACGCUUGCUCCUCUCCAACGGGGGCACGGCUGCUUCUUUGGGACAUCCUUUUUCCCUCUUCCACUUGGUACCCCGAUCGUGGUUGUGACCAAACUCCCCACUGCCCCUUUGGACGUGGAUCGCCUUGAGGUGCAAGUUUGGGGUGCAAAGGACUACUUCGCAGGAAGGCCUGAGACCGCCCCGCCCCCCUGCCGCCAGCGGUUGGGCAAGUUUACAUCUGGAUUUUCACACAUUUUGAUUGUCACUGCCCAGUCUCCUAUUAACCUUGUGGGAGCCAGGUUUUCGAUACGGAAGCCUCCUCAAAUACUAGCACUGCCUGCCCGCGUUUGCUCUUUCCCUCUGGGCCACCGAGGUCCUGCCCUCGCCCGGGCGGAGCGCGAUCUCUAGGGCGCAGUGGAGCCUGGGGCCUGGGGCUCGCGCUGAGCAGCUAUGGCUGCGGCGAUAGCCAGCUCCUUGAUCCGGCAGAAGCGGCAGGCAAGGGAGUCCAACAGCGACCGAGUGUCGGCCUCCAAGCGCCGCUCCAGCCCCAGCAAAGACGGGCGCUCCCUGUGCGAGAGGCACGUCCUCGGGGUGUUCAGCAAGGUGCGCUUCUGCAGCGGCCGCAAGAGGCCCGUGAGGCGGAGACCAGAACCCCAGCUGAAAGGAAUUGUGACAAGGUUAUUCAGCCAGCAGGGAUAUUUCCUGCAGAUGCAUCCAGAUGGUACCAUUGACGGGACCAAGGACGAGAACAGCGACUACACACUCUUCAAUCUAAUUCCUGUGGGACUGCGUGUGGUGGCUAUCCAGGGGGUGAAAGCCAGCCUCUAUGUGGCCAUGAAUGGUGAAGGCUAUCUCUACAGUUCAGAUGUUUUCACCCCAGAAUGCAAAUUUAAGGAAUCUGUGUUUGAGAACUACUACGUGAUCUAUUCUUCCACACUUUAUCGCCAGCAAGAAUCAGGCCGAGCGUGGUUUCUGGGACUCAAUAAAGAAGGUCAAAUCAUGAAGGGGAACAGAGUGAAGAAAACCAAGCCUUCAUCACAUUUUGUACCGAAACCUAUUGAAGUGUGUAUGUAUAGAGAACCAUCACUACAUGAAAUUGGAGAAAAACAAGGCCGUUCAAGGAAAAGUUCUGGAACACCAACCAUGAAUGGAGGCAAAGUCGUGAAUCAAGAUUCCACAUAGCUGAGAACUCUGCCUUUCUUCCCUCUCCUUCCUUUCCUUCCUCUCCCCUCCCCUCCCUGGUUCCCUUCCAACAAAUCCACCCAGGAGAGAAAAAUAAAAUGGCAUCGCAGGACCUAGUAGCUAAGAUUCUGCACUCAAAAUCUUCCUUUGUGUAGGACAAGAAAAUCGAACCAAAGCUUGCCUGUUGCAAUGUGGUAGAAAAUUCACGUGCACAAAUAUCACAUAAAAAAAAGCAAUGGAAAAAAAUAAACCAGGACUCCACAAACAUUAAAUUAAGCUGUGUUGUUAUUAAUAGAGGGCUAAUUGUCAUGAAGACAUUACUGUAAAUAAGAUGAAAUAAAAUUAUUACAUAAAAGAAAAGGAUUUAAGAGAAAUGAACUUAGAGAUCAAUGUUAGACCUUAAAUUGCUCAAACUCUGGAAAAUGCUGUGAUAAUAUUUGUUUGAUUUUUUUUUGUAUUUUCUUUGGACAUCUGGAAAUUAUAUAUGAUUAUAUCUUGUAACCUGGAAAUUUUUUUAGCCAUGAAAUUAAACUAUGUAUAAAUUAUACUCUUCUAAUGCCUAUUAGGUAUGUAACCAGGAAUCAUUCAACAUGAAAAACAUUUAAAAAUAUUACUCUUGAAGCUGUUCAGGUUGGUUUUUGUAAAAGAAUAGUCUUGUAUUGAAUUGUGAACAGUAGUAGCUGAUUUAAUUCCUUCAUUAAGAGGCAGAUUCUCCUAGGAGAAUAUCCUAUUUCCUCAAAGUAUUAAUUGAAAAUCUCAUUUUUAAAAUCAUACAGAAACAGAAAUUCUUCUCCUAAAAGCUGAAGUAACUUUUGGAACUCUUCCACCAUUGCUAUGUCUUUGUGGUUAGACAUAAGUUACUUGCUCUUUUGAUUUGUUCUUAGUUUUUAUUUUGGGGACACUCUUGAGAGUAUAGGUGCAUGUCUAGCUUUCUUAGAGAGUUUGGUACAAUCUCUUGUAGUAGGGACAAAGAAUGAAUGGUUUUACAUAAGGUAAUAAGUCCAAGGAAAUGAGUCAAAGCAAAUAACAUUUGCUUUUGUACCUAAGCAGAGCUGAAAAAUAUAGUGGUUUGUUUUCUAGACUCUGUGAGAAACUGGAAGAUAUGGAUGUGAGAUUCUUUACUUACUAUCUUUAUGAAGCCAGUGGCUUGUUUGUUGAUAUCUAUUCACAUUUAUAAGUCUAGAUGAAAGUAAGUCUGUCUUGGAGCUGAUAGAAAGUUACUAAUUAUGCACUGAAUUUUCAAGGAACAUGGAGAAAUGAUAUGGAAUUAGCAAUUGUGAUUCCAAUAGAUGGAAUUGUUUGAGUAGCUUGAAGUAGCAAAAAAGAACUCACUGUAAGAGUAAGCAAACACACUGUUAGGGAUUCUAAUAUAUUAGAAAAUACAAGCAAAGAAGUGAGUGUUAUACAAUUGCAUUGGAAUAAGUAGAUCUACAUAGCCCUAUCAAUCAGGAAUGGUGUAGAGACAUCCAAAUUAAAACAAUAAAACAAAACAGAACGCUAAAAACUGUAUGCAGAUUUAUGGAUAUUAUUAAUGAGAAGACUUAGCAUGUAACUUCUCCUAUAUCUCUACUGUCCAGCAUGUAUUAUUCCAAAUAUGACUCCCUAAAAUAUAUACACUUUGCAGAAGCUCUAGGCCCUCACCUCAAACCAUGCCAUCAGUUGCUGUAUUCUUUCAAGGUUGACAUAGUGCCCCUGACUCUACACAAUCAUUAUUCUUCAAUGUGCUUCUUGUCCCUCACCAAGUAUCCUGUUUAUGUUCUCAGUGGGUAGCAGGAAAUGAACUGGGAGAAUUUGCCUGAGUCAAGGAGAAUAAAUGAUAUACAUGUAGACAAGAAUUUUGAACACAUUUGCAGUGGAUACUUGUUUAAUCAAACUAUAUGGAAAAUAACAAAUAAAUACAUUUAAUUUUUUUACAAAAAGGAAUGUUGCUCUUUGAGGAAAAUAAUACCCUUGUAAAUAUUCAAAUCUGGCUGUAUAUUCCUUGUCACUGUUGAUAUCACUUCACUAUAAGUACACCUGUCACUUUCAGGACCAAACAGAUUCCAAGCACAAAGCCUUAUUUUCUUUGAGGAAAAUAAAACAAAGUAACUCUUCAAUAAAAUGGGUCAUAGGCUCUUUUAGCAUGAAAUGACUGGAGCUUUGUGAUGAAGCACAUAUAAUCAACCAAUCAACCACAACACAAAUGACAGCUUCACAGGUCAAACAAUGUUGGCAUCCACAAUCACCCAUUUCAACAGCAAUUUCAUGACAAUCUAUAUUUAAUCUGGUUGAUUAUGAAAAAAUGAUACAGAUAUGAAUCUACAAUAAAAUAUCUUCUCUAUUUUCUA